AGCGGGGGGGAGCACCGGCGCGCGGAGGCGGGCGCUGCUCGCGGCGCCGGCCGCCUCCCCGCCCGCGGCCGCCCCGCCACCCAGCCCGCGGCCGCGCCGGCGGGAGCUCGGGGCCCCGGGCGGCGGCGGGCUGCAUGCGAGCGCGGCGCGCCUCUGGCGGCGCACGGCGGCUGUCGCCUCCGGGAAGCCGAUCGCCGGGCGGACGGGCCCGCGCGCGCUCGCCAUGGCCUCCAACUUUAACGACAUAGUCAAGCAGGGCUACGUGAAGAUCCGCAGCAGGAAGCUAGGGAUUUUCAGACGAUGCUGGUUGGUUUUCAAGAAGGCUUCUAGUAAAGGACCCAGAAGGCUAGAAAAAUUUCCAGAUGAAAAGGCAGCAUAUUUCAGAAACUUCCAUAAGGUAACUGAACUGCACAAUAUCAAAAAUAUAACCAGACUGCCUCGAGAGACAAAGAAGCAUGCGGUGGCAAUUAUCUUUCAUGAUGAAACGUCAAAGACAUUUGCCUGUGAGUCAGAGCUGGAGGCCGAGGAGUGGUGCAAGCACCUCUGCGUGGAGUGUCUGGGGACCAGGCUGAAUGACAUCAGCCUCGGGGAGCCGGAUCUCUUGGCGGCCGGGGUGCAGCGGGAGCAGAACGAGAGAUUCAAUGUAUAUCUCAUGCCUACACCAAAUCUGGAUAUUUAUGGCGAAUGCACAAUGCAGAUCACUCAUGAGAACAUCUAUCUCUGGGAUAUCCACAAUGCCAAGGUCAAACUGGUGAUGUGGCCUCUCAGCUCACUGAGGAGAUAUGGGCGGGAUUCAACGUGGUUCACCUUUGAGUCAGGAAGAAUGUGUGACACAGGAGAAGGACUGUUCACUUUUCAAACAAGGGAAGGAGAAAUGAUCUAUCAGAAGGUCCAUUCUGCGACGCUGGCCAUAGCUGAGCAACAUGAAAGACUAAUGCUAGAAAUGGAGCAGAAGGCCCGGCUUCAGACAAGCUUGACUGAACCAAUGACGUUAUCCAAAUCCAUCUCUCUUCCUCGCAGUGCAUACUGGCAUCAUAUUACUCGUCAGAACAGUGUUGGAGAAAUCUACAGUUUGCAAGGUCACGGCUUCGCUGCGGCCAAGAUGUCGCGCGCGCAGACCUUCCCCAGCUACGCGGCGGAGCAGAGCGAGGAGCCGGCGCAGCCCUUGUCCCUGUCGCGCUCGAGCAGCUACGGGUUCAGCUACAGCUCCAGCCUCAUCCAAUGACACCGAGAGACCAGAGACAGUGCGCCCGCACCUGCUCGUGGGCCCCUUGCGCCCUCUGCCCCGCGGAGGACCGAUCGCAGUAAACAUUGAAAUGGGUCGGGUCUGGCCCCAGUCCCAGUGGAAGGUUAAAAACCGGAGUUCAGCUUCCUGGAUUCCGUGGCUAAGUCCUUUAUUUAUUGAUUUUCUUGGGGGGGAAUCUGUGUUUUACAAAAAUAGAGCCCAAAUCGUAUGAACAGUCAUUUAAGUAAAAUUCUUUGGGUCUGGCAGUAGCAGGAGCCCGGGCACCCCAGGAAGCUGCUGCACUGGGUGGUGGGCAUUACCCCUGUGCCCUGGAUGGCAGGUCUGUCCUUAGACAUAAUGGUGACCUGCCACUGGCUGUGUGGCUUGGAAGGUUCUGACAGGGACGAAUCCAGUAAGCUCUCCAAAUGGCAUCGUAACUCUCCAUAUAAAUAAGCCCAAUGUCAAGUAAGGGAACAUGAAAUUUACAAGACACCAUUAAGCAGGGCCUAGUAGCUCUACUGUGUGUGUGUGUGUGUGUGUGUGUGUGUGUGUGUGUGUGUGUGUGUGUCUGAAGACAAAUAUAGAUAUGGAUAUUGCUACAUCCAUCUCUAUCUAACAAGUAUAUAUCAAACAUAUGCUGAGGGUGACAGGAUAUGCUCACUUAAAUUGUUGAAAACUGUAAUUUGGUGCAUUAAAGUUAGGAUUGUUAUGUUGAAUAGCUAUUUUUAAAAGUGCUGUACAAAAAAAAAAAGGCUUCAUAUUAGCAAAAGUAUUUAUGUAGUCAAGUCUGCCUCUAUGACAAAUGUCAGUGAAAAUGUGAGAAGGAGGAACGCCUUGGAAGCAAAAGAACCCGACUCGCUGUCCUACACGUCUCCUCACCACACGCUGUCCGUCCCUGGUUGACAACAUUUCUCCCUUUGACCAACCCUCUGAGCUACAGGGGAAGAUGGAGUGUGAUUACUUAUUGGCUUCCAUUUAACCCCUAGAGAAAGAAGGAUUCUAAAUGAGCUUAAGAAAGAGAUAAAAAUACACUUAAAAAGAACUCAGCCAUUUUGCAGUCAGAAGAAUAACGGGCAUAGGAUUGUAGAUACCAAUUAUUUAAAAUUUUAUAGAUGCCAUUCUCUGAGAGCCAUCAGGGGAUUGUAAUUUACUAUGGAACCAGAAUUUGCUGGGCUUUACUUUCCUUUUAAUGAACAUGGGUUGGCUGGGAUUAUAAGAGAAAAUGAAUGAAACACAAUUUCUUUUUUCCAUCACUGCAUCAGUGACAAACUUCCAAGGUUUAAAGGGAAGUGGUGAUUUCCACAUGAACCAAGGGACUUUAGCAAAUUUGAAUCAACAAAAGAUUUUUGGUCCUUGAUUUUGGAGUUCACGUGAGUAAAAUUACAAAUUAUUCUGCCUGAAUUAUCUGAUAUCACACGCCCAAAACGGUCAGCUUGCAAAUACUCCCAGGUGAAUUUAAAGAAUAAUGAGACUGGGUCUGUUAGACGAGAACCUAUUUUGUUUUUUUUUUCUUAAUAGAAAUUUUUUUUAAUUAUCGAAGUUACAGUCUGUUGAAAGGGCAUCUGUUUUGCUGAUCUGUGGUAAGAUUUUUUUCAUCACUAUCCAUAGCUUGAAUGCAGAUUGACAAUUCAUUUCAGAGAAUUACUACUGAAUAAACAAAGUUCUGAGUUCCCUCCUUGAUAAAUCUGCACUGUAACAACUACCUAGACCCUCUGAAUCUCUCAGAUACGUAUUAAAACUUCAUCAAGAUGCUAAUCAUAAGAGUUAAUGUGGCUGUGAAAAAUAAUUAUCCUAAGCUUUCAGGAAUAAAAAGAAAAUUACUCAAACCCCCUGCACUGUGAAUUUUGCUGACACAGCAGAAGAGCAGUGACUGGUUCCUGGUGAUGAUCCAGCCCUCCCUAAAAUCCUAGCUUUCAGGGUUAAAAACCUCUGAAUUACUUCAGCACAUGGCAUUUUGCUUUUGAAAUGCCGCUAGUAAAACACGCCGAGCAACUCCCAGCUGAGACCAUUUAGCACAGCUCCUGGUGGUGCUACGUUCAGAGCCAGCUGCUCACCAUUCACUCAGUCGAGCUGUUGCUUGGAGACCACAAGUUUCUACAAGGGACUUCUGGGGGUCCUGGUUCAUGUCUCCACUUUAUAAUGUGCCGGAAACACAGAGAGCGAGUCCAGGAGGGAUUCUGCUAAUUAGAUGAGUCUGCUCUUGUGUCUGUUUGGUGGGAGACAUAAUACCUGGAUGAAGUUGCUUCAAGAACACCCUUUGCUUGUGAUCAUUACCAAGGAGCAUAACUGAGGGGGUUCCAAAGAUCAGGCAUAACCAAGGGCCAGUUCAUUCUGAAAAUGUCAUAAAAAAAGUGUGCAAGAAAGAAAUUUCUUCCCAAGUCUUUAACCCAUCCUCAUUACAAUGAGAAUAAUGCUGUAAAAUAUCUCAUGGUACAUUUUUGGAGAUUGAUUCCAGCAUAUUCCUCCAACUGUACUUAUAACUGUAGCUAUGUCAAAAGUGCUAAAUGAACAGAUAGGAGAAUUUAUAUUAGCCUAAUAUACUUAACAUAAGGCAGUGCACAAUGUGAUAAAAAUGACAAGCAGAUAAAUCUACAAAACCAAAGAUGAAAAGUUACUGUGCCAGCCUCCUGAAACUUCAUAAAACCACCUCCAUGGGAGCAAUUACAAUGGUCUGAGACACAUAUUCAACUCACUUGAGCUCAUCAGUUUUCAGUUGAAGAGGCCUCUACAUUUUGCAAGUCCUUUUCCCCCCUUCAGAAAUUGUAUCUUUAAUGUACAUGUAACUUUUUCAUUCUGAAGGAGAAAUGGCUAUGAACCAAAGACAUCUUGUGGCUCCUUCUGAAGGUGACUCCUGUGGGGUUCCCUCCAGCUUCAGACAGGUGAGUGAAGAUGGUCACAGUUUUCUGCCAGGUUGGAGGAGAGAACUGAUGGAGGAACCCAACACAGGCUGGGAAAGCUCUCUGAGAGCAGAGAAUGCCUGCUUCCAGGAUAUACCCAUUUCAUGGAAAAAUUACAAGGGGAUUUAAUUUUUAUGUCCCCAAUUUUUCUUCUGACCAUACACAUGAUCAACAUGACAUUAUAUUUAAAAUAUAGGCAAGUAUAACUCUGACCCAAAGGUUUACUCUCCUGGUGGAAGAGAAAGAAAACGCAUCUUUCACUGAUUCUUUGAAUGAAUACUAGGCACUCAAAACUAACCUUAUUCAUGCAGGUUGCAAAUGUUUAGGAAUCACUAGGUUCUGGCCACUGCCACAAUUUGAAAUUAAUGAAAUAAGAGAUAUAUAUUUACUUAUGCAUUAGGGAAGAUGUUGUUUGAUAGAGCAUAUGAAGUAAAGUGAAACACAUUUAUUAAAAGUAAAUCUUACCUUUUUCACCAAGUAGUAACUACAGUGCUAGGCUUAGUAUCUUGUACAAUUUUUCUCUGUCUUCAUUGGGCAAUUCUGUCUGAAAAUCAUUUUUCACCUAUAAAUGAUCAACCACUAAUACAUUCUGUCCAAUAUAGAAACAGCGGACUGAUAAAUAACUUUAUACUGUUAAUAGUUUCUACAGAUCCAAUUUAUUGCAUGUGGUAUCUUUAUAGUAGAUAUUAAAAAUGUAUCACAAAAAUUGAUGUCUGCCCCUGAUUCUUUGGCCAGUAUCUGAGAAAAUAUUUUUAAAAAGCAUGAAUACCCUUCCCCCCAGAUUAUUUGAGCCACUUACUAAAAUUGGCCGUUAAUGCUACAGUGAAAACAAACUAAGCAAAUUAUAUUCUUAUAAAAACAUUGUAGGCCAUUUUAGAUUAUUAUAACACAGCACAAUAAAUGGGCAAUAUACAUUCAGUGGGGCUUAGCUUCCGGCCUUUAACACUGUGUUUUACAACAAAUAGUACAUGAAAAACUACUCAAAGUGAAAAUCAUACAUUUUUCUCCAACCAUAUUAACCUAUCAUGGCUAUCAAUAUCUAGAAUAUCAAAUACAUUAACUAUAUUUUAUAAUCCCCUGACCCAGCCUUCUCAAACAGAUAAAAAUUUGCAACUAGAUAUACAUUUAAUAAUUAUAAUAAUAGAUGAUAUGCCACACAAAUGAUUUCUAGCCUAUGAAACUUAAGGGAGUGCAGUUCACCAUGGAGGUGGUACAGAGGACAGAAGCUACUCAAGAGGGCAACAAUUUAGAUAAAAUUAUGAAGGCCGAAAUGAAAGGUCCAGAGGAACAUGAGGACUCUACUUCCUUAACAUUCUAACCUCAGUUUCAUGGCACAGACUCGGCCUUCUUUACUAGCCUCACCUAGUUAGUACAAAGCAGGCCGUCGGAAGAAGACAUCAGCUCCAUUAUGUCUUGAAGGGACCACAAGACAGCACACAGUGAACAAGUCGGCUUCCUUGAGGUUAGUGAAAAUGAUCAAACACAUAUGAAUGUGUAACAAACUCCCAUGGCAAAAUGGCUCUUCAGUAACAUGAGGAUCAUUCUGGAAUGGUCAACCUCAUUUGAGUGUCAGCAUGAAGAUAUAUUAACAGUGACACCAGUUGGGGACUAAAUGUGCUGGAAGAGAUCAGCAGCUUCCUGUGUGCAUUCUCUGCAAAUGUCUUUGAAACAUUAACUCACCUUUUUCUCCCUGAAACCACCACCCAUCUGACUUUCUUGCUCAAAAACACAUCCAUCUUUGUUGUAUCAUUUCUCCAGUUAUUACAACAGAUGGGGCAUUGGAUCGGUUACAGACUCCCAUGGAAAUACCGUGAGACGUUGCUCAUGUUUUUCUAGAUAGGCAGAAUGCUAGGUAGCUCUAAAAGCAAUCAUGGCAAAAUAAAAGGUCCUGCUUUAUGUCCUACUGAGCAGAAACCCAAAACCCAUGGAUGUUGUAAUUUACUCAAAGGCAAAGGAACAGGAAUAGUUUCUCCGAGUCCCAGGAUCCAGCUCCAAGAAUGUUUCCUUGGCUCCGUCUUGUCUCCCAGUUAAACACUGUGGGAGCUGAGAGAUGCCACAUGGCCUCUAAAUAAGCAGCCCCUUCCCCACAUUUUUCAGAUGUUUCUAACUCUUCCUGGACUCAUCACCAACUACAUCAACAGAAAGGCUUUACGGGGCAGUUCGCUAGACUUGUAGGUCAUGUAUGAUGGGUGUAAGUUGUAACGUUGUCAUCCAGUUGUUUGUUGGAAACCCACACUUAGGUGACAAACCAAACAUUUUUAAAAAUUAAGUUGGUGCAUAUGCUUUGUAUUCCUACUUAUUCAUCAUAUUGUAGUUGUGGUUAUCAUUUAGGCGGCUCUUUAUCACUCUUUAACACUUUGGUUUAAUUAUGCCAUUUGUCACAAUGUUGGUAGGUAAUGACAUCAGGGCUACCUUUUUUCGUGUGAACUUUAAGAAGUUUCCUUUUUCAACUGAAACUUGGGGGAUGCCUUCUUUUACUAAAAUACCACAAGUCAAGUUUUUCCUCAUACACUUCAGUCAGUAGGCAAUUAUUUAAAUGAACUCAAGCUUAGAUACAAAAUGAUUACUAGAUAAUAUGAAAACACAUUAUACUUGUGAUUUUCAUACAGUUUUCCCUAGUUUAAGAUUUUUAGUAUCUUAUGAAUAUUUAAAGGAGGGAAAAUAAACAUUUGUAAUAGAAAUAUGUCAACUUCCUUCUAAAAAUUCUGUUUAAUAAGUUCUUAUUUUACUUCAUUUUCUAUGCCUGCUGCCAUAGUCCAUAUUCCAUACUCUGGUUUUAAGAAAAAUGAAUGGAUUUAAAUUGUCUAAUAGAUUUUUGGGGCUAGUUUCAGUAUUUGAUACAAUUAACUUCCUCCACCUGCUCCCCACGUUGAGGAUGAUUUUCGACGACUAAAGGAGGAUAUAAAAUCAACCCUGUUUAUAGACACAGAAUCGUAUAUAGACACAGAAUGGAGCAAGGUGUGUCCACUCUGAGCCUGUGGCCACGUGCAUGUGGGAAGCUAAUUGCUACCUUAAUUCGCUCCAGUGACCCACAGCCUCAUGAGAUUUGCUUAUUUUCAGGAAUCCAAAAUUUAAAAACCCACUUUCAGGAAAAGGAGAUUGAGAUGAUGAUUUAACUUUUUUCCAAAGUCACCACAGACUUUCUCUCAAAGAAAACAUUGGAAGAGGGUUUUUACAGUCUUUCAAUAUUACUAUUUGACAGAAGGGCUGAAAGGCAGGGAGAAUGAAGGGUAAAAUGAUAGUGCAUCUUGGUAUUAAAUAUGAAUCUGAAAUUAACAUGAUACAUGUCAAUACGAAAUAAGUUAAUCAAAUUCAGAUUUACAUAUCUAUUGCAUAAUUUAAUUUAUAUAUCAAAAUUAUAUUUAUAUAUCUUUGGGUGUUGGGGGGGCAGUUCUAAAUUUUUGUGAAGACCAAAAAUAGAGAAGAGAGAUUCUUCCCAGUCAUAAGACACUGUGUCUUCUGUUAUUAUGGUUAUGGCAGGCAGGAUAUAAGUCACAGCAACAAAUCCAUCUACUCCUGACAAUUACAUGAGCGGAAAAGCUAGUGUCAUCUUUACUGCAGAUGACAGGUGACCUCCCAGGAUCUGCAGAGGCCCCCUUGUACCCUCUCCACAGAAGCCCUUUCUCAAACACACACACACACACACACACACACACACACACACACACACACACACACAGUUUUUGACUUUCAACCCUCUCUAUAUGUCCUACUAUUAUCUUUUCCUUAGGUGCACACAGAAUUAUCCCAUCUUUCAAAUUGCUUAUCCCUGUGAAUCUUCAAAAUGUAUUAUAUGUCAUAUAUUUGCUUUCUGUAAAUUCUUUUAAAUUAAUUUAUAUAUACUUUGUGAUGUCAUAUUGUACAUUAUAAAGGAAUGUUAUUUGCUGUUGAUUCAAUAUACUGUUUAUGAUCAUUUUGAUAAAAAUGACUUUGAACGCUAGGCCCUUGUUAAAAAAUAAAAUACCCAUUACAAAUUUGCUUCCAUUGGAAACUAUAUAAUAUGACAUACUUAUUUUUAAUCACAAUCUAUUCCAGAUAGGUAAUAAUGUGAGGACAUCUGUAAUUAAAUACUAGUUGAGCCACCUUUUGGAAUGGAAUGCCGAGGAAUAGCUGUCCCUGGAAACUAAAUGUAAAUUUCUGGUGGAACAGAAAUUAUAAUGAGGCAAUAAAAUUAGGAAAUUAAAUUAUUUUUAAAUCUGUGUGAUUUUUCUUUCCCCUUAGCAAAAAUACAUGAAAAUACAAGAAUUAUCUUCUUCUGAAUUUGUAGUUUCUGUAUCUCGGUCCUUAAUAAACUUACUCUGUUGUUACUAAUGUUUCACUCAUAAUUCUAAUGAAUUUAGAAAUGAUAUUGCUACAUAAAGGGUAAUUUAUAGUUAGGCAAUAUUAAAAUUUCCUACAUCACUUAAAAAAGGUAAAGUAGUCCAAGAAUACUACUUUAUACAACAAUGCUAUGUAACUGAGACUUCAAACAUCUAAAUUGAUUAUUUUGACCCAUGAGUUAUAUAAUAUUGUUAAUGCUGUGAUAUUAUAUGAUUUCCUUACAUUUUUAUUAUCAUGCGAUGGACUGUAAAUGCGUAAUUAAACAGAAUUCUGACAAUCAUAUUCUGCUAAUCUUUCAAAUGUCACUUAUUCCUUCACUUAUUGGCUUGUUAUUUUC